AUGGAGAGGAGCGAGGAAAAUACCAAAAAGCGCAAGCUGGAGGAGGAGGCUGAGGGCGGUGACAAUAACAACGGGGAUACUGCAACAUCGUCCGAAUCUCCUUUGAAAAAGCAACAGCGUGCAGAUACCGGGGGCGCCGGAAAUGGUGAAAAGGACAAAUCCGCUUCUCCGAAAACGAUUGUAGAAGCAGGAAAAGAAGAGGCGGACAAUGAUUCUAGUUCCGGAAGCGAAGUCCAAGAAGAACCAGAGGAAAAGCAAAAGGGAGGAGACGACGCGAAAUCGACCACUGUCGAUAAUGCAGCAAAGGGUGAAUCCGGGGGGAAAGGGCCUUCGUCCUCUGGAAAUAAAACAGACGAGAUUGCCAAGGAAAAUAAGAUGGAUGUAGACAAUCAAGGUACUAAUAAUAGAUCAGGGAAAAAGACAAAAGAGUCAUCAUCCAACAAGUCCAAGAAAGAAGACGAGACUGAAAAUCCAUACGACAAAUUGCGGUGGAUUGUGGUCAAGAACGAUGGGAAUCCCGCCUCACUCAUUAAACUGGUGGCACUCAAAUCAUUGUUUUCCAAACAGCUUCCCAAGAUGCCCCGGGCCUAUAUUGCCCGACUGGUAUUUGAUCGGCGCCAUACAGCCAUUGCCAUUUUGAACGACGAUCCUGCAGUGAAAGAUACUGAUGAAGAAGUCAUUGGAUCCAUCUGUUAUCGAGCAUUUCCAGAAAUGAGGUUUGCGGAGAUUGCGUUUUGUGCUGUCAAUGCGGCACAUCAAGUCAAGGGAUAUGGUACUAAGCUGAUGAAUUUGUUAAAGCAAGAGGGGGCAAGAACAGGAAUCGAAUAUUUCAUUACCUACGCGGAUAACUACGCCAUUGGUUAUUUCAAAAAGCAAGGCUUCACCAAGUCCAUUUCCAUGCCCAAAGGACGCUAUCAAGGUCUGAUCAAGGAUUAUGACGGCGGGACAAUGAUGGAAUGCUAUGUCCAUCCCUCCAUUGACUUUACUAGCCUUCCUGCUAUUCUCAAGACACAACGAAAGUUCAUUUUGGAUCGCAUUCGCGUCAAGGCCAAAUCGACCACCGUCUAUGAACCAUUGCCCCAAGAUUUCGAGCCCCAUUUGGAGGGUGUGUCUCGAGCAAAUGAAGCAGCCGCUAGAGCUAUGGCUAUUCCGGGUAUCCUAGAAGCUGGUUGGACCAUGGCUGACCUAUUGGCGACCACUGGACAAGGAAAGGACGUGGAUCGGGCCAAAACUGCCCUCAAAAGUGAAUUGCUGGCGAUCGUUCGCAAGGUAGAAGAACAGCAAUAUUCAUGGCCCUUUCGGGAACCCGUCGAUACAUCAGAAGUCAAGGAUUAUUUGGAGGUCAUCAAGGAGCCCAUUGAUUUGUCGACCAUUGAAAAACGCACACGAAUGGGUGAUCAUUACAAGUCCAAGCAAAUGCUUUAUGCCGAUCUCAUGCUGAUGGUGAACAACUGCAAGUUGUACAAUGAACCAUCCAGUACGUAUGUUCAGUGUGCGAAUAGUCUCGAAAAGUAUCUUGGAAGCGUGUUUCGGGAUGUUAGUAGUCGCUGA